UGAGGAGCGGGUCACACGCCGCUAGAGAGGAGCUGUCAGCGGAGCAGGUGGAGUUUCUCCGGUGAAGUACCAGCAGAGGGACACGGACGCGGCGACACACGUUUCCUCCGGGUUAAUGUCGGUUUAUCACGUCUUUGAGAGAGAGUUAUUCGACAGGUCCGACCAUGACUUCGGUGUGGAAGCGGCUCCAGCGGGUCGGAAAGAAAGCGUCCAAGUUCCAGUUCGCUGCCUCCUUUCAAGAACUGAUGGUGGAGUGCACAAAUAAAUGGCAACCAGACAAACUGAGAGUGGUGUGGAUCAGGAGGAGCAGACGUCACAGCACAAAGCUCCACAGUUGGCAGCCAGGGAUCAAGAACCCCUACAGAGGCCUGGUGGUUUGGCAGGUUCCAGAGAGUUUAGACAUCACUGUCACACUCUUCAAGGAAGCAACUGCAGAGGAGUUUGAAGACAAAGACUGGACCUUUGUCAUUGAAAAUGAGACAAAAGGCCGUAGGAAGGUGCUGGCAUCAGUUGAUGUCAACAUGAAGAAGUACGCCAGUGCCACGCCGGCCCAGUAUGACGUAACACUGAAGCUCAAACCACUGUCUGUCAAAGUGGUGGAAGCCACGCUCAAACUCACCCUGUCCUGUGUGUUUCUCAAAGAAGGGAAGGCCACAGACGAGGACAUGCAGAGUUUGGCCAGUCUAAUGAGCAUGAAGCAGAGCGACAUUGGCAAUCUGGAUGAUUUUAAUGACAGUGAUGAUGAAGUUGGAGAGGAGAGACGGGCCAGCUUUGGAACUGGACAUGCUGCUCAUGUUACUGAAUUCAAAAGACAGUUGAGCACACUGAGUGAAGAGGAUAACCAGAAUACAACACCUACAAGCCCUGAUGCUGAUACCUCUACUGGCUGGAGGCCAGAUCCGUCCAGAGCUUCAGAACAGAAAAGAGACGUGCACUUUGGAAUCAAGGUCGUCAAGACAUCAGCAGGGCAAAGGGAGAGAGCAGAAGAUUCUUCAGGUCAGCCAGUACCUGUGUCUUGUGGCAAGAAGCGUUUGAGUGGUUCCUACCUACAUGACAGCAAGUCACAAGUUGCUGGCCUCCAUCAAACCAGUGAACCAACAACACAGCAUAGUAGACCUGCAGAUGGGGCUGCUGCUCCAGAAAGCUUAAUGGCCACUCCCACCUUAGUGACUUCCAGCCAGUCUCUACUGGAGUGGUGUCAAGAAGUCACCCAGGGUCACAAGGGAGUAAAGAUCACCAACUUCAGCACCUCUUGGAGGAACGGCCUGGCCUUCUGCGCCAUAUUACACCACUUCCAUCCAGAGAAGAUUAAUUAUGAAAUGCUGGACCCGUAUGACAUCAAACACAACAACAAAAAGGCUUUUAAUGGCUUUGCUGAACUUGGCAUUUCCAGGCUGAUGGAGCCCUCAGACAUGGUCAUGCUAGCAGUGCCUGACCGCCUCAUUGUCAUGACCUACCUCAACCAGAUCCGCACCCAUUUCACAGGCCAGCAACUCAGUGUGCUUCACAUAGACAAGGACAGCAGCGAGUCCAGCUAUGCGGUGGCAGGGGAGCGGGACAGCCCAGAGGACCCCGAGGCAACUGUUCGCUACUGCGCCCAGCGGCUCCAGGAGGAGGGUAUCAGCCUGGAGACUAAUGGAACUGCAGGCACUGCAGAGAAGGACAGUAAAACCAGUAGGGAUGUGGUUCCACCUCCCAGAACUAAACGGUUGCAGGGUGCUGGGGCAGGUGGGGCUCAGUCUCCUGUGGCACCACCAAGGACCAGUUUCCUAUCCAAGUCAGGUUUCUCUCAUGUCAAAGACGCUGAUCUGGUGAAGAAACGAAGGUCACAGAGGAGGAGCGGAUCAGUGGAUGAAGUAGACAUAUCAGUAAUGGCGGGGCAAGAAGAGAGUGCAACUGGCCGCAGGAAGUCAGACACUGAGAGAACCGAGGCUGUAGUUGAGGAGGGACGACCGGAGGGCCAGGAUGCCAGUCAGUAUGUUCUGAGUCAGAUGGAAGCCCUGGAAGCAGAACAAAAUCAUAUUGAUAACAGAGCAUGUGCGGUGGAGAGGAAUCUCAGACAACUCCUGGAAACAGGUAGUGACAAGGUGGAGGAGGAGAGGUUGAUCCAGGAAUGGUUUAUGCUGGUUAACAAGAAGAACGCUCUAAUCAGGAGGCAGGACCACCUGCAGCUGCUAUGUCUCACGUCUUCUAAUGCAUCUCUUGUGAUUGGCAGGCUGGAAGAACAAGACCUGGAAAGACGAUUUGAGUUGUUAAACAAAGAGCUGAGAGACAUGAUGGCGAUCGAAGAGUGGCAGAAAAGUCAGGCCCAUAAACACAGAGAGCAGCUGCUUCUGCAGGAGCUGGUGUCACUGGUCAACCAGAGAGACGAACUGGUCCACAAUAUGGACGCCCAAGAGAGAGGAGCUCUGGAGGAGGACGAACGUCUGGAGCGAGGUCUGGAGCAGCGGAGGAGGAAGUACGCUAAACAGCAGAAGGAGAAGUGUGUGAUGCAGUGAUGGUGGCGACCUCCAGUCUGUGGAGCGCUCAGUCGCCUGUCUGACACGAAGUGGGUUCGAGACAAAACCAAGGCUGGGACAGUGGUGCCUGGUCGUCUGACUGACCGACUGGUUUUAAGUCAGCAGUGAGAGGACGAUCAGGCCGUCAACGUAGCUGAAGUGUAUUUGUACCAGAGAACAGGGUGAACAUGUGUGAGGGGUCUGAGACAUGUCAGCUGUGUUUAGUGUUAUUUUUGUUUGCUUCGCCUUUUGAUUGUCAUAAAACGUGGCUGCAUUUUAUGACCAAAGGUGAUUGAGGUGAUUGAGGCGGGCCAACGCAUCAUCCAUCUACCAAACCGUGCGGGAGGGUCAGCGCUCAGCGGAGGAGGCCUCGCCGCCUCAGAGAGCUGCUGCUGGGGCCUGUAGACUGUUUGCUUUGCAGUUUCUGUGCUGUGCUUUAGUGGCUGUUGUGAUUUUGAAUGUGAAGUGUGUUUGAUUGAAAGUUUUCUACAGAUAUGAGCCAAAAAGAUUAAGGUUGACCGCUGUGGGUUCUUGAAGACUGACACCAGUACUGCCAGGUUUGGAUUGUACCUGCUGAAAACCAAAAUCUAGUGCCAAUUCUCCAAAAUGACAAGGAUUCAGUGUUUCCUGAUGAAGGGUGAGAACGCCUCAGAUCCCAUCAUCUGAUUGGUUACGUUUAGGCUUAGGUUACUCAUGGUUAAAGCCAUUUAAAAUGAACUCACCGCAGAGGAAAUUACACUUUUUGAAUAUGAAAUUCAUCACCACAGUUGCCUUACGUUCUACGUUCUACGUUCUACGAGCAGAUUCACUGACUGCGGUGAACCCGCUGGAGUUGAACCUCGGUCAUGUCACCCAGCACGUGUGUUCAGAUGUGUUUGUUGUUUUGCUUUAUCUUUUCCUUCAAGCUGAAAAUGUGUCCAUUUGGAAAAUAGAAGGUAAAUCUAAUGUAGAUGUUUAUAGAUGUUUUCAUACUGUUUGACUGCAGGUGCCAAUGAGGUGCAAGGGCAAGGAAAGCAGGAUCCGAAUCAGCCUUCUAACUAACUUAUUGGAUUCAUUUAAAGUUUUAUGUAUUUUAAACAAAGCUCAGAGUCUUUAUUCAUUAUUGUAGCGUUUUAGAAAAUGUUCAUAGAAACCGGAACAUCUCCAUGAGACUUGUACAUAUAGGUUUGUUUUUGCUGCCAUAAAUUACACCUGUAAUUUAUUUUUCAAAAUGGGGAAAAAAAAACUUUUACAUCACACAAAUGUAGUUUUCUGAAGUGAAAGGUGAAAGUGUGAAUGUUCCUGCGUGACAGAAGCCGAAUCUUCAUUUACACAACAUUAACAUUUGCUAAAAGUGAAUUGGCGUUUCAUCUUGUUCCAAAAUUGAAAGGAAACUUCCUCCUUGUCUUUGCACUGAACAGUCACAUGUUUUUACUUCAGUCGAGUGUGUUCAGUAACAGGCAGCGACACUUCUGGGCCUGACUGGUUUUAUUUGUGUGUAAAGGUUUGCAGUUCUCGUGAUGCCAUACUGCUGAGUGUAGCAGGUCUGACCACCUACAGCUGGUCGAAAUGGUGACUGUGGUUUCAUGUUAUAUUUGCACUAUUUGUAAAGUUUUACAAAUAUAAAAGAUUUG